AUGGCGCUCCUGCAACAUAAAGCGCUUGCCGACUACGAAAAGCAACUCGACGCAUUUCAGUCCUUUCUAGAAAAGUUCGAGACCUCCAAGACAAAUGCUGCCACCGAGGCAAUCGGAAGCUUGCAGAUUGAUGGCGAUCAUACCAGUGAUGAAUAUGAUUUCAUGGAUGAUCUCCCCGAACAGGACAGCAACGCGUCGCGCCGUCGACCCAAGAGGAAGUAUCUUGAUAUGCUUCUAGAUGUUGCAAAUCGAGAGCGAUCAGAUGUUCUAAUAGAACUGGACGAUCUACAAGAGUUCGAGGAGUCUCUAGGAAACGAUUCCAAUCUCCACCUCGUCGAGUCAAUCACCAAGAACACGAAACAUUACAUUGAUCUGGUCUCAGACGCGGUAGACAAGGCAAUGCCAGAACCUACAAAAGCAAUGUCAUUCAAAGACGAUAUCAUAGAUAUCAUCACCUCUCAACGAACAAGACGGAACCAGACAAUCGCCCAGAAUGCCGAAACAGACCCCGACGUGAACCCUGCGGUGGCCUCCUUUCCGCCCGAGUUGACAAGAAGAUACACACUCUGCUUCAAACCCAUUACUCCUACCGGGGCAGACAUCGCCAAGAAAACUCUUGCGGUGCGACAAGUUCGUGGAGAGCACUUGGGACAAUUGAUAACCAUCCGUGGUAUAACGACAAGAGUCUCAGAUGUCAAACCAAGUGUGCGCAUUCAAGCAUAUACUUGCGAUCGAUGUGGUUGCGAGAUCUUCCAACCUAUUGCUUCGAAACAAUUCACACCAAUGCAAGUCUGUCCUUCAGAAGAUUGUACGAACAACAACACGAAAGGUCAAUUAUUCCCAGCCACUCGUGCCUCCAAAUUCGUACCAUUCCAAGAAGUCAAGAUUCAAGAGAUGGCAGACCAGGUUCCUGUUGGUCACAUUCCAAGAACACUGACAGUUCACUGCAAUGGACCUCUUGCAAGAAAAGUCAACCCAGGCGACAUUGUGGACAUCGAUGGUAUCUUCCUUCCCACGCCCUACACAGGAUUUAAAGCAAUUCGCGCCGGGCUCCUGACAGACACCUAUCUCGAAGCCCAGCAUAUCACUCAACACAAGAAAGCAUACCAAAAUGUGAAACUUGAUAUGCGUGUACUACGGCGCAUCGAGUCCUUCAAAGCCACUGGCCAUCUGUAUGAAUAUCUUGCAAAGUCUAUUGCCCCAGAAAUUUAUGGGCAUUUAGAUGUUAAGAAAGCUCUCCUCCUUCUUUUGAUCGGUGGAGUCACCAAAGAGAUGGGUGAUGGCAUGCGUAUCCGUGGUGAUAUCAAUAUCUGUCUGAUGGGUGACCCCGGUGUGGCCAAGUCCCAAUUGCUCAGAUAUAUUCAAAAAGUCGCACCACGGGCUGUCUAUACCACCGGUCGAGGUUCAAGUGGCGUCGGUCUCACAGCUGCCGUGAUGCGUGAUCCAGUCACCGACGAGAUGGUCCUCGAAGGUGGUGCAUUGGUUCUUUCUGAUAAUGGCAUUUGCUGUAUCGACGAGUUCGACAAAAUGGACGAUGGGGAUAGAACUGCUAUCCAUGAAGUCAUGGAACAACAAACCAUCAGUAUCAGCAAAGCUGGUAUUACGACGACCUUGAAUGCUAGAACCUCGAUUCUGGCAGCUGCCAAUCCUUUGUACGGCCGCUAUAACCCACGCAUAUCUCCUGUCGACAAUAUCAAUUUGCCAGCAGCUCUCCUGUCUCGUUUCGAUGUUUUGUUCUUGAUUCUGGACACGCCUUCUCGAGAAGCAGACGAAGAGCUUGCCAAUCACGUUUGUCACGUCCAUAUGCACAACGCACAUCCCCAACGAGAGGGUGAAGGUGUCACAUUCGCACCAGACGAGGUGCGACAAUACAUUGCACAAGCCAGAACCUUCCGACCCAACGUCCCCAAAUCCGUCAGCGACUACAUGGUCGGCGCAUACGUUCGCAUGCGCCAACAGCAAAAGCGAGACGAGGGAGGCAAGAAGCAAUUCACACAUACUUCACCACGUACGCUACUUGGUGUUCUCCGCCUAUCCCAGGCUCUCGCACGCCUGCGCUUCAGCAACGAAGUCGUCAGCGAGGACGUCGACGAGGCACUGCGACUCAUCGAGGUGUCUAAGGCAAGCUUAUACCAUGACCAACGCAAUGGCGGCGAUCAGACCAUCUCCAGCAGAAUCUACGAUCUGAUCCGCGGCAUGAGGGAAUCGGGCGCCGCCAGUGUUGGAACCGGCGGUGCGAGAGGCGAGUUGAACCUCACUCGUGUCAGGGAAUUGGUUCAGGCGAAGGGUUUCACGAGUGAUCAAUUUACACGGACGAUCGAGGAGUAUGAGUUGCUUGAUGUUUGGCAGGUUGCUAACAAUGGCACGCGUCUGGUCUGGAUCGAGGCGGGCGAUAGCGACGAGGAGGAGAUGAGUGACUAA